AUGAAGAACCCGUUGCACAACCCGCUGCCUGCCUCACUAUCCAGCGAGUGCAAAAAGGCCGCUGCGAUUCUCGAAUCCUUCAUCAACCCGAAACUCAAAAUUGAUGGAGAAAUCCCACGCAAGAUGUUUGCGGGGGCCAAGGGGAUCGCCGUAUUCACAGCGCUCAGACUUGGGUUCCUGGGUUCUAUCCGCUUUGGCUCGGGGCUGAUUGUCGCCCGUCUCCCAGAUGGCAGCUGGUCGGCCCCAUCAGCCAUGGCCAUGGGCGGGCUCGGCGCCGGUGGUCAAUUUGGCGCAGAAUUGACGGAUUUCGUAUUCGUUCUGACCACUGAUGCCGCAGUGAAGACAUUCAUGCAGUCGGGUAAUUUGACUCUUGGUGGGAAUAUAUCCAUGGCUGUCGGGCCCGUUGGUCGAAGUGCUGAGGCUGGGGGAGUAGUGGGCACAAAGGGCGCAACUGGGGUAUUCGCCUACUCCAAGACUCGUGGAUUGUACGGCGGUCUUACAGUCGAGGGUGGUGUUCUUGCAGAGCGUGCGGAUGCAAACAAAAAGCUAUAUGGGCGGAAAAUUCGAGCAAAGGAGCUGCUGAGCGGAUCGAUUCCACCACCGCCUGAAGCUGGAGUCCUCAUUGAGGUUUUGAAUGGGGAUCUCUUCCGUAUCGAAGCACUUGUGGAGCCAACCGUGGAGGGCCCCGAGCAGCCGCGUGAACAAAAUCCCGAGACUUCUACGCAUGCCCCUGGCGAUCAAACACAGGGAAUUGUGGCGGUUGCUGCUAAUCCUCUAGCAGCUGCCGAGAUAAGCACAGAGCAGACGCCUGGAACUGCGGAAUCACCCACCGGAGAUUCCCACAGUAUAUCCCAUGAGCAAGGUGCCCAGGAGACAACGCCAACCGCUGGAAGUAAACCAACUACUGGGUCAGGUACCGAGGAAGCAGCUGGAGGUGCCGAAUCAUCUAACAAGAUUACCCACGAUAUACAUACAUCAAACGUGCAAGAGCCUAUGUCUAGUGCUGAGAAUGUUUUGUCUGUCGAGCAGAGUACACAAUCAGUACUUCAAGGCAAUGAACCGCCAGAUACGCAGAAUAUCUCUCGUGAGCCUGGUGUCCCGGGCCCUAUACCCGCUACCGAGCGGCCGUCUGACGGCAUAGAGACUACUUCUAGUAUGAUUCGCUGA